UUUUUUUCUCGCAUGAUGCCGUAAUUUUUCUGAUCAUAUACUUACAGUAAUGUAGUAUGUUCUCAUAUUGUUGAUGAUAAUAAUAUGAAAUGUGUAUAGUAGUUGUUUUAUUAUCAUGCGCUACAAUUUCAUUAUUGAAUUUGAAAUUUUACUUUGUUUUUAACUGUUUUUUUAUUUAUAAAACUAUAUGUGUACAGUGUAAUAUGAAUGUGCAUCUAUGUGUAGUGUAAAAAAAAUGAUUUAUAUGCCACGACACGACCACCACCAAACCAAAAGCAGAAUAAAUGUAGUAAUGCAUUUACUUUCAGUCAGAAAACAGCGGCAGAGCACAAUUUAAAACAAUUAAUUUCGGAAGUGUUGCGACUUUUAUGCAUGCAGUAAUUUAUUUUCUUAUUUUUGUACUAAAAAUUUCAUAAAAUUCAAUAAAUAUGCAAAAAAGCGUAAAAAUUAAAAAUAUUGAAAUAAAAAAUACAACUGGAAUAUAUUUUAUUAUGUAUUAAAAAGAAAGUGAAAAGAAAGAAAAAAUUUUUUUUUCAAGCUGUGACGCUUUAAAAUCGUAUUUACGCUACACACACUCAAAUAAAGGAUUUUUUUUGGUUCAUAAAAGUGUCGCUGUGUCGUAUUUAUCAUUUAUUUUUUUUUGCGUCGCCGUCUGUGAAAUUAUUUGCUUUUUAGUGCUUCUUUUAAUGAAAAAAAAAAGAUAAACAAAAAAUAAUUUUUGGUGGAAAAAUCAAAAAUUUUACAAAAAAAUAGUUUCAAAUUUCUCUUUAAAAUUCAGUAACGUGGAGCACAAUAUUUUUUGAAAUUAAUUCGCAAUAGCUUUUGUUUUAGUGUGAAAAAUAAUGUAAAAAUUUUUAUUAAUUUAAAAUGAAAAUGACAGUUUCCUUAUACAUAAAUAGCUUUUUUAACUUAAAAAUUUAAGAAAGAAAAAAAAUAAAAACAAAAUUACGAAGUGGAAUAAAAAAAAAGAACUGAAAAUUUUGCCUCUUUUUUAUUGCCUUAUGUAUUUUUUCCUUUCUUUUGGUCUUUUAAUUUUUUUUGAUUUUCAUUGUUUGUUUAUAUGUUUUUUUUGUUUUUGGAUUAAGAAAAAUAUGCAAACAUAUUAUGUAUAUAAGAAAUCCACGUUAGAGGAGUUGUAAUACAAACUAGAAUGUAUAUAAGAAUCCCACAUUAGAGGAGUUGUAAUACAAACUAGACAUACAACGAAAGGAAUUUUGUAUAAAAAAAAUUUCGAUGAUUUUAUGAUUUUUGGGGGGGGGGGUUAAAAGAAUUACACACAACAGUAUAAUAAGUACAUACACAAAAAUUUUAAUAAAAAAAAGAAUAAAACAGAGAGUAUAACAAAAACUACUUACUAGCACAACACCAAUUUCAUUAAUAAUUGGUUUUUUUCAAUUUAGUUUGAUAUCAUAAAAAGAACACAAAAGCAAAAUAGUUUAAUAAACAGAACGCAAUCAUCAUUCCAAUUUAAAGUAAAAAAAUAAAAAAAACUAAAAAGCAGCCAUAAACUUGUUUGGGUGUCUCUUAAUUUCAAUCAACUAACAAUAUACAGUUUUAUUUGUCUAUGUCAGCAGCAGUGGGAGUUUUUACUUUAAUUAAAGUCUUAUGUUUUAAAACAUGAGGCUGCUAAUUGGUUUACUGUUGCUGGCAACAACAUUCUUUCAGUAUGUAAUAUAUGUGACAUAUGCAGUUACUACAAAUAGUAAACUAGAUAGUUCAUCAUUAAAAAGAAGUAAUCAGCAACAAUUUUUACAACAAUCAUUUAUUGGUACACCACAGCAACAGCAACCGCAAUCACAGCCACAGCAGCAACAACAACAUAAUCAUCAACAACAAGCACAACAACAAGAACAUCAACAGCAACAGCAAAAAUAUUUUAAUUUAACUAAUAUUAUAACACGACGUACAGAAUUUGAAACAAAAUUAAAUCAUUUAGUUGUUGAUACAGUUACUGGGCGUGUAUAUGUUGGUGGAGUUAAUCGUUUAUAUCAAUUAUCACCAGACUUAGAUUUAGUUGAAACGGUUAAAACAGGUCCACAAAAUGAUUCAUACGAUUGUACAGCAUUAGAAUGUGCAUCAAAUACACAACGUGAAUUAAGAGAUAAUUAUAAUAAAGUUUUAUUGAUUGAUAGGGCAACAUCACGUUUAAUAUUUUGUGGUUCAUUAUUCCAAGGCACAUGUACAGUUAGAAAUUUACAAAAUGUUAGUCAUGUUGAACAACAAGUUGCUGAAGCAGUUGUUGCAAAUAAUGAAAAUGCAUCAACAGUUGCAUUUAUUGCACCAGGACCACCUCAACCACCAGUUACAAAUGUUAUGUAUGUUGGUGUCACAUAUACAAAUAAUUCACCAUAUCGUAGUGAGAUACCAGCUGUUGCAUCAAGAAGUUUAGAAAAGCAGCGUAUGUUUCAAAUAGCAUCAUUGGCUGUUACAACUGGCACCAGAAUAUUUAUUAAUUCAUAUGCACGGGAAGCAUAUUUAGUUAAUUAUGUUUAUGGAUUUAGUUCAGAACGUUUUUCAUAUUUUUUAACAACACAAUUAAAACAUAGCCAUUUAUCAGCACCAAAAGAAUAUAUUAGUAAAUUGGUUAGAAUAUGUCAAGAGGAUUCAAAUUAUUAUUCAUAUACAGAAAUACCAGUUGAUUGUAUAAGUGAUUCCAAUGGUGGUAAAAAAUUUAAUUUAGUUCAAGCAGCUUUUUUAGGUAAAGCGGGUUCUGAUUUAACUGAAAAUUUAUAUAUAACAGAACAAGAUGAUGUAUUAUAUGCUGUAUUCUCUGAAGGACGUUCUGAUAAACAAGAAGAAUUUAAUAAAUCAGCAUUAUGUAUUUAUUCAUUAAAACAAAUACGAAGAAAAUUUAUGCAAAAUAUUAAAGCAUGUUUUAAUGGUAAUGGACCAAGAGGUUUAGAUUUUAUAUCACCAAAUAUGAAUUGUGUACCAACAAAACUACAAACAAUAAGUGAAGAUUUUUGUGGUUUAGAUGUUAAUUCACCUUUGGGUGGUGAACAACCAAUAGCAGCAAUACCAGUUGCAACAUUUAAUACACAUUUAACAGCUGUUGCUGCAACAAGAACAAGUGGCUAUACAGUUGUAUUUAUUGGAACAUCAAAUGGUCAUUUAAAAAAAAUUGUAGUUGAAUCAGCAAGUCAAGCGAAUGAAUAUGCUGAUAUACCAAUUGAUAAUUCAAGAAUAUAUAAAGAUAUGCAUUUUGAUAAUGAUCAAAUGCAUAUUUAUGUUAUGUCAGAACGAAAAGUAUCAAAAGUUAAAGUACAUGACUGUGCUGUAUAUAAAACAUGUAUGGAAUGUUUAGGGGCUAAGGAUCCAUAUUGCGGUUGGUGUUCGUUAGAAAACAAAUGUAGUUUAAAAUCAAUGUGCCAAGAUGAUGCAAAUGAUCCAUUAUAUUGGGUUAGUUAUAAAACUGGUAAAUGUACAACAAUAACAAGUGUUGUACCACAUCAAUUACAAAGAACAACUGCUCGUACAUUAGAACUAAUAAUAGAUCAUUUGCCUCAGCUAAAAGAAGAUUUAGUAUGUGCAUUUACAAUUGAGGAAAAGCCAUUAUUUACAAAUGCUACAAAAAAGAGGAACGGAGUUAAUUGUACCACACCGAGAACUGAUUUGUUACCACGAAUUGAGCAAGGAAAACAUCAUUUCACAGCAAAGUUAUCUGUAAGAACUAAGAAUGGUCCAGAUUUGGUAUCAACUGAUUUUACGUUUUUUGAUUGUUCAACACAUUCUUCAUGUACUAGAUGUGUUUCAUCAGAGUUUCCCUGUGAUUGGUGCGUUGAAGCACAUCGCUGCACUCAUGACACAGCUGAGAAUUGCCGAAACGAUAUUUUGGUUACUGGUGUUAGCCGAAUUGGUCCUAGUUACCGUUCAGGACCAAGUUAUUGCCCAACAAUAAAUGCAACCGGUGAUGGUAGUGAAAUUCUAGUUGCUGCCGGUACUAGUAAAUCAAUUAAAGUUAAAGUUCAUAUUAUUGGACAAUUCAUUGUACAAACACGUUUUGUAUGCCAAUUUAAUAUCGAAGGUCGUGUAACAAGUUUAAAUGCUCAACUACUCGGCGAUACAAUUUACUGUGAUAAUAUGGAAUUUCAAUAUACCUCAAGAUCACCCAAUUUAACAGCAACAUUUGCAGUUAUAUGGGGUGGUUCAAAACCAUUGGAUAAUCCGCAUAAUAUUCAUGUUAUUAUAUAUAGAUGUCGUGAUAUGUCAGAUAGUUGUGGUAUGUGUUUAGCAUUACCAGAAAAAUAUAAUUGCGGUUGGUGUUCAUCUACAAAUUCAUGUGAAGUUGAGGAGCAAUGUAAUAAAAACGGUGAGGGUAAAACUGAUUGGUUAAAUCGUAUGGAAACAUGCCCAAAUCCAGAAAUUCAUUCGUUCACUCCAAAAACUGGUUCUUGGGAAGGUGGAACAAAUAUAACGAUACGUGGUAUCAAUUUAGGUAAAAAUUUCUCUGAUAUCUAUUCUGGAGUUAAAAUUGCUGGAAUACCAUGCGCUCCAUAUCCACAAUUAUAUAUUGAUACAAAAGAAAUUGUAUGUACGGUAGAUAGUCCUGGUAUACAAGCAUAUCGCAAAGGUAAAAUUGUUGUACAAAUUGGUGAUUACCGCGGCGAAUCAAAAAUUGAUUUUGAGUUUGUUGAUCCAAAAAUUGAUAAUUUUCACCCGAAAUUUGGUCCAGUGUCUGGCGGAACCCAAAUAAGUAUAACGGGGCAAUAUUUAAAUGCUGGUUCUAAAAUUCAAGCAUUCAUUAAUGAUCAUUUGCCAUGUGAAAUAUUAAGUGCAGAUUCAACAAUAGCAUUGUGCAAAACAAGUCCAGCACCAGGAAUUAUUGAAGGACGUUUAAAAAUGCAAUUCGAUAACGGUAUGCGAGAAUUUAACGAUUAUAAUUUUAAAUAUGUUGAAGAUCCUACAAUAGAACAUGUCAGUUCUGGUCCGACUGGACAUCAAAAAGUGCCAAAAGGUAUUCCUGCUGGUGGUAUUAAAAUUUCUGUAAAGGGUGAUCAAUUUGAUUAUGUCCAGAAUCCUCGAAUGUACGUUUAUUAUGAAGAUAAAAUGUGGAUAUCACAGUGUGAUGUUCAUUCGAAUACUGAAAUGAUUUGUGAUUCACCGACAAUUGAAGCUGAUGAUUCAAAUUUAGAUGUUGAAAAGCCAGAAUUAUUAGAAUAUGGUUUUUUAAUGGAUAACGUUGCUGCUGUGCAAAAUUUAUCAGUUAAACAUAAAAAUUCUUUUUAUUUAUAUCCGAAUCCAAUCUAUCAACAUUUUGAAGAGAAUAUUAAAUAUUACAAAAGUGAAUAUUUGACAAUAAAUGGUAAAAAUUUAGAUCGGGCUUGCAAAGAAAGUGAUGUAACAGUAUUAAUUGGCUCCGGUAUAUGUAACAUAACAUCAUUAUCAAGACAACAAUUAACAUGUCGACCGCCUUCAGAAUCAUCUGACACGUCAAAUGAUGUACCAAGUGUCGUCGUUAAAAUUGGACCAAAUUUAAGUUACGUAAUCGGUAAAUUAAGUUAUGCAUCACCAAAUUUAAUACAUGGAAUUGGAAAAAACGCCCUUGUUGGAGUUAUAACUGGUGUAUUUAUAUUACUUAUGGUAUUUAUUGGACUAUUAGUUGCGUAUAAAAAGAAAACAUCAGAAUCGAAUCGUGUGCUGAAAAAUAUGCAAGAACAAAUGGAUAUAUUAGAAUUAAGAGUAGCAGCCGAAUGUAAAGAAGCAUUUGCUGAAUUACAAACUGAAAUGACUGAUUUAACGGGUGAUCUCACGUCAGGUGGAAUUCCAUUUUUAGAUUAUCGUUCAUAUGCUAUGAAAAUUUUAUUUCCAAAUCACGAAGAUCAUAUUGUGUUACAAUGGGAAAGACCAGAAUUAUUACGAAAAGAGAAGGGUUUACGUUUAUUUGGCCAAUUAAUUAUGAACAAAACAUUUUUACUAUUAUUUAUAAGAACAUUGGAAUCAAACAGAUAUUUUUCAAUGAGAGAACGUGUCAAUGUUGCGUCAUUGAUAAUGGUAACUUUGCAAUCAAAAUUGGAAUACUGCACUGAUAUAUUGAAAACAUUAUUGGCUGAAUUGAUUGAAAAAUGUAUUGAUGGCAAAUCACAUCCAAAACUAUUAUUAAGGCGUACAGAAAGCGUUGCUGAAAAAAUGUUGAGUGCUUGGUUUACAUUCCUUUUAUAUAAAUUUUUAAAAGAAUGCGCUGGAGAACCAUUAUACAUGUUAUUUAGAGCCGUUAAAGGUCAAGUUGAUAAAGGACCUGUUGAUGCAUGUACGCAUGAAGCUAGAUAUUCAUUAAGUGAGGAAAAAUUAAUACGACAAGUAAUUGAUUUCAAAUGUAUGACAGUAUAUGCUAGUAUAACACAACAACCAAUAUUUUGUAACAAUAUUGAAAUGAUGCCUACAAACACAGAAAAUGUUCCAGUGAAAGUAUUAGAUUGUGACACAAUUGGACAAGUUAAGGAAAAAUGUUUAGAUACAAUUUAUCGCAAUAUACCAUCAAGUCAAAGACCAAGAAAAGAUGAUUUAGAUUUGGAAUGGCGAACAGGAGCUACAGGUCGUGUAAUAUUAUAUGAUGAAGAUUCAACAUCAAAAGUUGAAAAUGAAUGGAAAAAAUUAAAUACAUUACAGCACUAUCGCGUGCAAGAUAGUGCAUGCUUAAGUUUAGUACCUAAACAAAGUUCCAUUUACAAUUUUUCAAUAUUAUCUGAUAAAAAUGAUAAAUCUCACAAGUAUGAAACAUUGAAUCUGUCUAAAUACACAUCAUCAUCACCAACAUUUAGUCGCGCUGGAAGUCCAUUAAAUAAUGACAUACAUGAAAAUGGUAUAAAAUACUGGCAUUUAGUUAAGCAUCAUGAUACAGAUUUGCAAAAAGAGGGUGAAAGAGUUAAUAAAAUGGUAUCAGAAAUUUAUUUGACACGUUUAUUAGCAACAAAAGGUACAUUGCAAAAGUUCGUUGAUGAUUUAUUUGAGACUGUGUUUAGUAUAGCACAUCGGGGAUCAGCAUUACCUUUAGCUAUAAAAUAUAUGUUUGAUUUCUUAGAUGAUCAAGCAUUAUUACAUGGUAUUACAGAUCCGGAAGUGGUACAUACAUGGAAAAGUAAUAGUUUACCAUUAAGGUUUUGGGUAAAUUUAAUAAAAAAUCCAAAUUUUGUUUUUGAUAUACACAAAUCAAACAUAGUAGAUUCUUGUUUGUCAGUAGUUGCUCAAACAUUCAUGGAUUCGUGUUCAACGUCCGAUCAUAGAUUAGGAAAAGAUUCACCUAGUUCGAAAUUAUUAUAUGCAAAAGAUAUACCUGAAUAUAGACGAUGGGUUGAAAGAUAUUAUGCUGAUAUUAGGGAAAUGCCAGCUAUUUCAGAUCAAGAUAUGAAUGCAAUGUUAGCUGAAGAAUCUAGGUUACAUACAACGGAAUUUAACACAAAUUGUGCCCUCCACGAAUUAUAUACAUAUGCUGUAAAAUAUAAUGAGCAAUUGACUGUAACUUUAGAAGAGGACGAAUUUUCACAAAAACAAAGACUAGCAUUCAAACUGGAACAAGUUCAUAAUAUUAUGUCAGCUGAAUAAAAUUUAAUAAAGUAAUUAUAAAUAUUUACAAAAAUAUUUAUAAAAAUAUAUAAUAAAAUAAAGAUAUAUAUGUAGAUAUAUUAAAAAAUAUAUACAUAUAUAUGUAUAUAAAAAACAUUUUAGAUAAGUUAAAAAUUUAUAAAAAAAAAAGCAAAAUUUUAUAAAAAACAAAAAAAAAAACAAAUAUUUGUAUAAACAAAAAAUUCCAAAAACAAAAAAAAAUUGUAAAAUAGAAUAAAAAGCCAAAUAUCAUUAUAACUUAAUAACAAAAAAAAAAAUUUAAUUUAAACCCUUAUUGCGAUUGUCAAUUAUCUGUUAGUCACUGUCGACUCCUUAAAUUAAUUUCAAUUUCUUUGCGCAAAUUUUGGACUUUUUUUGAAAUGUAAUAUUUUUUAACUCAAUAUGUUUAUGACAUAAUUUGCAAUAUAGCAGUAAUAUUAUGACACAAUUUUCAAUAUUGCAGUAAUACUAUAUUACUAUUCACAUAGUUGAAAAAAAAAUCAUAGAGUGAAUUGUGUAUUGAUAUCGUUUUAGUGUCAAUUUUGAAGGCAGGAAUAACAGCCGUACUCUUUUAUACGAAUUGAUAUACGUGAAAUAUAAGUUGAAAUAAGUUUUUAAUAUUGUAUGUGAUUUCAAAUUUAUAGUAAUACGGUAAUAUUGAAAUUGUAGAAUUAGUAUCAAUAACGUAUGAAUCAUGGUAUUUUCGUAUUGAAAAACUCUUUCUAUAUUUCGAACUUGAUUUCUCAAAAAUACAUUUUUUUUUUAUUUUCUAAAAAUACUUAAAACAAUUUCUUUCGCAGGAAAAAUUUUAAUUAUAGUAAAUUUUAUUGCUUGUAAUUAGCAAUUAACAAGAUUAGGUGACACUGCUUAAUCUUACCACAUAUUAACAAAACACUAGGUGUACCGCUUGGUUUAUUCUGUACACCAUAACAAGUAUGCAGUUGUUAUUGCUGAAAUCUGUAACAAUAUAGUAUUACUCCAAUUCUCGAAGUUAACGCAUGCUAUAUGAUUUAAGAUCAUUUCAUUGACCUAAUUAAAAAAAAUGGAAAACACAUGCAUGUAAUGGGCGCAAUCAAAAAUUAUGUGCUGCCUUUUCAACAUACCAAAUUUAUUCAAAUUGCAAUGUAGAAUUCAGAAAUUAAAAUUAACAAUUUGAUUUGUGUAUUAAAUACUAUAAAGGUCUUUGAUUUGAAGUCAGGGCUUUUUAAAAUUGAACUGACCGAAUAUGCAUAACUUCCAAAAGCAAAUAUCUACCGAAGUUUAUGACUCUUAAUUAUUGACAAUAUAGAAUUUUCGCCAGAUUUUAUUAUACUCUGUCAAAUUUAAUCUAUUCAACAAUGCAAAUUCAAUUGUUAGCAACAGCUUUUGCACAUUUCCGAUCAUGUAUAUUUGUCCAAUAUUUUGAUUAUGAUUUAGAAUAGCUUUGAAUUUCUAAAAUUUUAUUGAUAAAUAUUUUUUUUUCUUUCAAUUUUAUGAAAAUAUUUAUAAUUUAGUAAAACAAUAAAAAAAAUUGGUUUUAAUAGAACUAAGUUUAUUAUUAUUAAAUUUUGUGUUAUAGUAGUAGGUAUAUAAGUAAAUUAGGUAUAAAAAAAAAAUUAAGUUUUCUUUGCAUGUUUUUAUUGUGUCUUUAGAAUGACUCCAAAGUUUAUAAUCAUUUUGUAUUGAUACAAAAUUCAGCAAUCCCAAUUUACAGAUUGAAUUGCGAAUUAGUUUAACACGCUUUAUUUUAAUUUGGAAGUCAUAAGUGUAAAUGUAUUUGAAAUUUUUUAAUAUUAAAUGAUGCCAAUAUAAUGCCAUAUAAUUUUACUUGUUCUACUAUUCUGCUAUAAUAAUUAAUUUUAUAUUUAGCUCUUUUUUAUAUUCAGGACUUUCUUUUUAAAUAAUGCAAUCCGUAAUAUCCAUACUAAAUUGAAAAUCGAAUGCCAAUAAUAAUUUAGAUCAAGUUCAAAUGAGAUAGAACGUCAAAUGAGAACUGUAUUGAAUUUUCUCAUAGAGUUAUUUACAGUUUGCAAAACGACUAAGUAGUCAAACGAUAAUUAUUCGAAUAUACGACGAGACUGUAUUAUCGUUCACGAACGAAAAAAUUCACCAGACAAAACUCCUUGCUAUCUUAAAUCACGAAACAAACUUACAUUUAAACUUCUUAAAGGAAAUAAAGUGAUUAACAUAGGGUCAUUUUCUAAUAAUUCAGUCCUAAACUCUAGACAAAGUUUUAACUUAAAACUUGAUGAAAUUUUAAAAAAAACCUCAGUAAUGUUGCAAUUUUAAAUAAAAUUGUAGUAAUAUUGCAGUAACUGUUCUUUCCAAACAAAAAAACUUUUCGCUUCGAAUCAUAAUAGCUUUUUAGCGAAUAUGCCAGCAAUGAUAUUUUUCUUGUUGUGUUACCAAAAUGUUGGCUUAAAGUUAAUUCAAAUUAAAAUUUUUUUUUGUUAGUUUUACCUUACGGUUAUUUGCAGUAUAUUUUAAUUUUAUUUAGUUUUCUGUUUUUAUUUAAUAUUGUCGAAUACGAAAUUUAAAAAUUGAAUUUUGUACAAUAUUAAAAUAUUUAAUCAAUUUUUUUGAUACUUAAUCAUUUAUUCACUUUGGUUUUAAAUCUGUAAUAACAUAUUAAGUAAUUAUUAUUAGAAGUAAAUAAAUUUUUUGGAAGUUUUCGAAAUCAAUUUAUCAUUAUUUAAUUAUUAUUAUUUUUUUUGUAUAAUAAAAACAAUACUUUAUCAUUAAUAUUAUUAUGUACAAAUAUAUAAUUAUUUUUUUAAUAAAAAUAAAAAAAAAUAAAAAGUUAUACAAAAAACAUUUUUUUAUUAGAUAUUCUUUUUUACUAAAAUAAAAAAAAAAAAACAAAAAAAAUAUAAAUAUUUUUUUUAAACAACUAUUAUUAAUUUAGAUAUUUUGUUUAUAUAAUAAAAAUAAUUUUAAAAUUUAAAAUGUAAC